GAUGACUGAUUCACGGCUCACUGUUUACACUGGAAUACUGGACGACAGUGAAAGCGAUGAGGAUCCAAACUCAGAGAAACCAGUCACUGACUCCUGGGAAGAACGUUCAAUAAUGGAUAGACUGGGUUUAAAGAGUUUGGACAUGACUGAAGAGGAAGUGGAGAGCGCCUUCAGUCAGUUUUCAAUGGGAUUUCACUGUGACCGGUACACACUGAGUCAGCGGCUGCAGGCAGAGAUGCAUGACCGCAUCAUUGCUGAAGAGAACCUCCAGAGAGAACUGCAGCACACCAGAGACACACUGCAGGUGUUGUAUGAGUGUCUGGCAGAGAUAGACAGUAGAGAGAUGGUGCUGCAGAUGCAGAACAGACUGCAGAUGGUGAAGAGCAACAUGGAGAACGUCAUCACCACAGCUGAGAUGCUGGGAGCCGCACACCAGGAAGCUCGUGUCAGUCACGCGGUGGAUCUGAUGUCAGUUCACGUCGAACAUCUCAAGAGACGUCACACUUCAGAGAGUGAAGAACUGCUGGAGGUCAGGAAACUGCUGCACAGGAGAAAGGGCCGAUUACGCAGCGACUCUACAGAUGACAGAGAUGUGUUUUUCAGACAGUCACAACAGUCCAUGCGCCGUCGAGUCAGCAUCACGUUACUCCCGACUCAAGCUCAGUUAGUGGAUCUAGAAGCUGCGUUUAUAGACGGCUGCAAAACCGGAGCAGACGCAGAGAGCCUGACCCAGAAGGGACUCGAAAUACGAGCUGAGCGCAGACAGGAAAUAGUUCCAUCAGAAGGUCCUGAGAGCAGCCUGACCUUUGACCUCCCUGACCGCUGCACCCAAAACCAGGAUAAUGAUGCUGACAAUACAGUGUUUCCAAGUGCGAUUCAGGUCACACCGCUGCGCUGUCGUCGUCAGUCUUCUCAAAUCAAACCCACAGAGAGAUCAGAGGAGGUGGAGGACUCUGCGAGAGGGGCGGAGUCAUCACUAAAGUCCAACCCUCAGCUGUGUGUCGCUUGGCACCGGCGGCUCUUGCUGUCCUGUCUGCAUGAGUGUCGAUGGAGAAUACUGUCACUAAUGUUCUGUAUAAUAAUGCUGAUAGCGGCUUUAACAUGUUUAACAGUUCCAGUCAUGUAGUUGUGAAUGUGUGAAUCUCAUUAAAGUCUCUGAUGGGUGCUGUUGACAUUCAGUUCUAACCCCUAGAAAGUCAACAUGAGGUUUAGUAAAUAAUGACAGGAUUUUCAUUUUCACUCAUUAUGGACUGCAGCAAAUGAAACUACUGUAGCUGGAUUAUAAUGUAACAGAGUAAAUGAAAGUGUCUGUAUCUGCUGUUCUGUCUGCCAAUAAUAAAUGAAUGUCCUCGUUUCUCCUGAAACAGGUGCAAAACCAUGGCAACAGAAUAAUUACACUAAUUAACAGUAUUUUAA